CUGGGCCAAGCGGGUGGAAAUGUCGUCUAAAAACGGUUAUGAAGAGGCUUCACAGCGUGGAACGGAUGCACUGCCGGAACUGCUGGUCAACGCAGUGCCUCUGUUGGGUGAAAGCGUACGGUCGCUGAAAGGCUCUGAAAGCGUUGCAUAUUUACCAGCUCAACAGGUUAGGAAGCUGUCAUCGUCAAGCGUCAAAUCCGCUGAGGAUUCACACAGGCACAAUAUAACGGCGAAUAGAACGUCCAAUAGUGAAGGUGAUGCCAGCAGCAAGUUCUCGUUUGAGGAGCAGUCGUAUCCUUCAUCGCCGGCGCCGUUGAAGCUGUCGUCUGUGUGUGACGGGGAUCAAAGCCUCAGAGAUACCACACAGGGCAGUGUAUCGUUCCAUACAGCGCACUCUGAAUCAGUAGGGAGCGUCUACACCGAUCAGUCGACGCCUUCGAAGGUGUCUUUGAAGAAAACAUCGCCAAAGAUCCCCUUGAAGAUCGAGACUGCCCUGUAUACAUCAACUCCUUCAAAAUCGCCUGGGGAUCAGUUAGCAGUGAACAGCUCAAAGGAGUUCAGUUUCCUCAACACAAGUGCUGCUGCUCCGAAUGAGAGUCCUUUGAACUCGCUCACACAGUCAAAGACCAAGACAUUACCGAGAAAUCCUCCUCACAGUCGCCAGGUAUCGGUGUCAUGGGACGUUCAAACACCAGAAGAGUGGACUUUGGAACGCAUCAUAUACUGGUUAGGACUAAACCAGUUCAACGACACAUGGGCUGUCAUGGUCAAAAAGCACAUGCUUGUUGGCUCAGAGUUCUUGAGCCUGACCAACUAUCAAAAGUUGAGUGCUUACAAGAGCGAACUGGACACGUCCAAUGAUUCAACGCAAUCGAGGUUCAUCCAUGUCCUGAGGAAGACGCUGGAUAGGUCAACAUCAGUGACAAACACUAUCUCUCCUCUGGAAACAUCAAGCGUGUCUUCCAUAGAUAACAUGGACUCAAGUCCACCGUCAUCGCCCAAACUGCCACACAGAAGGUCCUCUUCUGAGACUGCUGCUGUGACUGAGAAACUGGUGCCGACUCAAUCAGCCCCAACGUUUAAAGACUCUUCGCCGUCUUCUGAAAGUUCAAGACCACCGUCUAUUCAACAAGGCCGUGUCGGGAAGAAUAUAGCAAAGCAAAGACCACUAUCCACUACAGACGAGUCCACAGGGAAUAUGUGGGUGACCUCACCGGUGUCACCAGUCGUUAGCCACGGGUUGUUUAGAAGACAUAAAAAGUCGAGCUCCUCUGAAAGCUCGCUGUUUACGUCUUUGUUCAAUGGCAGUUCUUCUAACCUCACAGGUAUUUCUGAGGACCGGAAAAGGGAUAAAGAUGCUAAACCGUCAACCUUCAGUAAAUUCAACCUCAGAGGGAAACAGAGAAGUCGUGAUUUAUCAAGAGAGAAGGAAUCUUCAUCUCCUGUGAGCCCUGCAACUUCCUCAUUUGAGAAAGUGAAAGGGAGAAAAUCUGACACAUCUAAAAGCUCUUCUGAUGGUUCCAAGGAGAGGAUCUCUGCUCUCCCUCAAUUUGUCCUUGAUCGUAAAUUCCAACCUGUGGCGAAACAGAAGAACUCUGAUCAAUACGUACUGGUUACGAUGGACAAUAUAAACUUCAAAGCUGUGAACGUUGGACAGUGUGAUACAAGGGAGGGCUUCAGAAAACUACUAUGUGAUGUCUUGGAACUCAAAUCUCUUGAAUUUACUGUGCAUCUGACUGAUUUUGGAUGCUCCAUAGGCGAAAGUCUUGAUGAGGAUGCACUGGACCAUAUUGUAUCCUCCAGGUACAUACCUUGCACAGGGAAGUUCUUUAUAACUUCUGCAGAUACCCUUUCAACAAUCACAAGCUCAUCAAUUGGAAGCGUGUCUGAUCUGAAUUCCUUCGAGAGCAAAGAAGAUAAAUUAUACCCAAAUACUCCACAACAUUACUACGAUGCGGUUCAGAAAUCACCAAACACUGACUACUGGAACUUUAAGGAAAGCUUGCCAAAGAAUGCCGUUGCAUCUGGACCAGAGAAACCUACAAAUGAACCAUUGAAGCCAGCAAAACGACUUGAACCUGUUCAACCAAAGCCAAUGAGACCGUCAGCUGUCAAGCAAACAGCCAGAAUUCCAACUCUAACAAAUGACAGUGGAAGCUCUUUCAGAAUCGUCAGACCGGCGAAUAGAGGAGAGAUCAACUUUGACAAGAGAAGAGAAUCACCGUUUGUUGCCAAAAGGGUGGCUCCUCCUCCUCCUCAAAGGCCUGGUAUGAAUGGUUCUGCCAACUCAAGUUCCGGUUCUGUUACUCGACUGGAACCAUUGAAAGAAUCUAUCAGCGGAGAAAGUACAUUUAUCUCGACCUAUACACCAGGAUCGAGUAACACGCUUAUACCGCAACCGUAUAAAGGUGGUGGGUCUGUUUCACCAAUAUCGAGAAAGGCCCUCCACACUAUAUUGAACAACGAUGAAGAGAGGGUCAAACGCUCCCUGACACGAACACACUCAACGCGUUCAAUUCGGACGGUUGAUAAAUUCAAAGAAAACAUCAUCUCAUUUGAUGAUGCUCCUGAAUUGGACGAUACGGAAAAUGAUGACUCUGAUGAUGAUGAUUUUUGGGCAAAAGCACCAUCCCAGAAGUCCAGUACCAACGACGAGUCGAUUGCAGAGAUGGUUGUCAGACCGCCAGCAGAAGUGUUGUAUGACAACAUCGAGAAGUUCUUUCCCAACACAGAUCUCGAUCAACCUGUGUUAGAACUACCAUCUGUACCAUCAUCGCCUUCUAAUGUCAUUAAUCCACCAAAGGCAAAACCAAUCAGAAAGGUGGUGAGUAGUAUUGACGAGGACUUUGAGAAGUUGCAUAAACCACAGAGAAUGAAAACCAUUCGUGCUGUUGCAAAGGAAGCAGGAGAAGCACGUAAGAGAGAAAACUUAACGAGACAGAAUACCCAGCCAGGAUUGGUUAGACGACAGAGCACGAAGAUGUGGGGUCGUAAAGUUGUGGAGGUUAGACCUAACCGCAAGCAAGAGAUGGCCCGUUUAAAACGUGAUAAUGAUGCUGAAAUCAAAGAAUUCUCUUGGGUAAAAGGUGAUUUGAUUGGGAAGGGAACGUUUGGCAAUGUGUUCUUAGCACUUAAUGUAACGACUGGUGAAAUGAUUGCUGUGAAACAAGUUCACAUCCCACGCAAGACAACGAGCGAGUCAGCACGUAUCAAAGACGUUAUUGAUGCCCUUCAAUCUGAAGUGGACACAUUGAAGGAUCUCGACCAUUUGAACAUCGUACAGUAUCUUGGGUUUGAAAAAACUGAAAAGGACUAUAACUUGUUCCUCGAAUAUGUUGCGGGAGGAUCUGUUGCAUCAUGUUUGAGACUCUAUGGGAAAUUCGAGGAGCCACUUAUUCAGUUCCUUACUGCUCAGGUUGUUGCUGGACUGGCUUAUCUCCACUCCAGAGGAAUCUUGCAUCGUGAUAUGAAAGCAGAUAACUUAUUGCUGGAUCUUGACGGUGUUUGUAAGAUCUCCGAUUUUGGCAUCUCAAAGAAAUCUAACGAUAUCUAUGCCAAUGAUGCUGGAAUGUCAAUGCAAGGUACCAUCUUUUGGAUGGCACCAGAAGUUGUCAAUAGUGCAGGGGCAGGUUAUAGUGCAAAGGUUGAUAUAUGGUCUCUUGGAUGUGUUGUUUUGGAAAUGUUUGCAGGACGUCGUCCAUGGUCAAACUUGGAGGCCAUACCGGCUAUGCUGAAGAUUGGUAAAUCCAAGGCUGCACCUCCUAUUCCUGAAGAUACGUUGCCUUUGGUCUCCAUGGUUGGAAGGCAUUUCCUGGAUCAAUGUUUUGCCGUGGAUGCCUCUCAAAGACCAACAGCUCAGCAGCUUCUGGUGGAUAAGUUCUGUGGAGUAGACCCUACAUUCUCCUUCUCCGACACGAGGUUAUCGAGGCUCAUCAAGGCUAACGAGAAGAAGUUCCAAAUGUGAGGCCUUAUUACAAUACAUGAAAACUAGAAAAAUAUUAAACAGUUCAUCAAUUCAUUAUUUAAUAGAGCACUGGGUCUGCGUAUCACUCGACGAGUCGCCCACAUUGUCCGAGAUCGAGUUCGCUCGAGAUGAAAUCAGUGCUUGUAAUUCUUCCUCCAGUUCCAAUAGUCUCAGCUCAGUGUAUGUUUGUAGUUUAUCAAACAACAUAUAUGUGAG